AAAUGAAAGUGCUUGCUAGAAGCUAUUGUUGGUGGUCAGGGAUUGAUAGGGAGAUUGAGGAUUUGGUUAAAAACUGUUCUGAUUGCCAGGAGAAUCGCGCUAAUCCAAAAAAAGUGCCAACUCAUUUGUGGGAAGAUGCUAAGAGACCAUUUCAACGUAUUCAUAUUGAUUACGCAGGGCCUAUUAGUGGGAAAUGGUUGCUUGUCGUAGUUGAUUCUUUUUCCAAGUGGCCUGAAGUUGCUAUUGUGUCAGAUAUGACAACAGAAACAACUAUUCAGGAAUUAAGAAAGAUUUUCGCAACUCACGGUCUGCCUGAAGAAAUAGUAUCUGAUCAAGGAAGGCAGUUCACGAGUGGGGAUUUUGCAGACUUUUGCAAGGUUAAUGGGAUUUUGCAUAGAAUGGGGGCACCUUAUCACCCGGCAACCAAUGGACAAGCGGAGAGAUACAAGAACUCCUCAUAGUACAACAGGGGUAUCUCCUAGUCAGAAGCUUUAUCAAAGACAAAUAAGAUCGCGUUUGGAUUUUAUAAUUCCAAAAGAAGAGGAAGAGAAGGAUAGGACUGUUAUCACGGAAAAAGUACGAAAAUUCGAAAUUGGGGAUCGUGUAGCAGCUAGAAAUUAUAAAAAUGGGGAGGCUAAAUGGAAAUUUGGGAGAAUUCAAGAAAAAUUAGGACAAUUACAUUAUAAUGUGUCGAUGGAUAGUGGGUUGAUUUGGAAGAGGCAUAUUGAUCAGCUUAGGAACGUGGGAGAGAAUGUUUCGGAAACUAAAAAUCAAGGCAAUGAAUCUUCCUGGGAUGACGAAGAUAUCGACAUAUCUUUCAGAAGUCCGGUUGUUCAAGAAAAUGAAGUAGAAGUACUUGAAACUGAAAGUCAAAAUGAGAGAGAAGAUGUUUUCUUGGAAGAGGAGGAGACAGAUGUGGAGGAUUUUCAAGAUGCACUUGAUAGAAGUCAAUCUCAUACAGAUUCUGAGUCUCUAGAGACAGCACAGUUGCCUGAACCCUUGGAGUUUGAAGGUAGACCAAAAAGAAUUAUUAAGCCACCGAAUCGCCUCAAUUUGUAAAUUAUGCUUUUCCUUAAAUUUAAUCUAAGUUCUUUAUUUCAUUAUUUUGUUAUCAAUGAAUCCAAUUUUAAAUUUAUCAUUUUGGUUAUUUGAAAAUCUUAAGGAGGGAAGGAUGUUAGGAAGUAAUUAUGUUCACCACUAGAUGGCAGUAACAAUU